GCUCCGAUCUGUCGCCUGCAGUCACAAUCAGACUUUCAGUAUUAGUGCAGCAAUUAAAGGAACCGUACCGCAUGAUUGGUUCGGAGGAUGAUGGCUGAUACUUACCAGUACCCAGUUUUCUUUGAAUUUGACAACCUCAUUGAAGCGCAGAGGAAGAAAAUAGAAAGAUAUUUUCGUGUUCGACGCAAAUCGGGUGGAGGAGAGUGCGGACCACUGACCAGAGUGAAUGACAACGUCUACAGUAUAGCUUUCAAGUGUCAGGAAGAUCAGCAGGCAGUUCUUAAGAGGUCAGAGCACGAUGUGGAGCUUGAAGACGGUCCUGUGGUGUUGACUGUCCGAGCCAGCCUCGAACCCCGCACCGCCACAGCUCCAGCUCAGAGCCCACAGGAUGUCCCUGCCUCAACUCCCCCACCAAGUGGUGAAGAAGAAGAACUACACCUCGGUGACAACGUGAAGGAUGAUCCCAAACAUGAUGAAGAGCUUGCUGCUAUGGCCUGCUCUUCUCUGUUAUAUGCAGAGGAGGUUAGAACCAAAGACUUGGAUGAGUGA